GUUAUAUAAAUGAUGGGUGUUUGCCUGUAACCACUGCAAUCAGGAAUCAUGAAAUUUGUGAUCUUGGCUCUGUUCAUUGCUGGUGCCUACGGUUGUGGGCAGCCCACCUAUAAACCUGUCGCCUCAAGGGUGGUGGGUGGAACUGAUGUUAGCCCAAACAGCUGGCCAUGGCAGGUGUCUCUCCAGUACCAGAGCGGCUCCAGCUUUUACCACACUUGUGGUGGCACCCUGAUCGAUAAGCAGUGGGUUUUGACUGCUGCUCACUGCAUUGGCAGCCGCACUUACAGAGUCUACCUGGGCAAGCACAAUCUGGCACUCAGCAGCGAGUCCGGCUCUCUCGCCAUCUCUCCUUCCAAGAUUAUAGUGCAUGAGAACUGGGAUUCCUACAAUAUCCGCAAUGACAUUGCGCUGAUCAAGUUGUCAAGUCCAGUGACUUUCACUGACAAGAUUUCACCUGCUUGCCUGCCUAAUUCCGAAAGCAUUCUGCCUCACAACUUCUCCUGUUACGUCACUGGCUGGGGACGCCUCUGGACCAAUGGCCCCAUUGCUGAUAUCCUGCAGCAGGCUCUGCUCCCUGUUGUGGACUACAAUACCUGCACUAGGUCAGACUGGUGGGGCAACCUUGUGACCAACCUCAUGGUGUGCGCUGGUGGAGACGGAGUGGUGUCCAGCUGCAAUGGUGAUUCUGGUGGCCCUCUGAACUGCCAGAGAAGUGACGGCACCUGGGAUGUUCACGGUAUUGUGAGUUUUGGCUCCAGCUUGGGCUGCAACUACCCCAAGAAGCCCUCCGUCUUCACCCGUGUGUCUGGCUACAUUUCCUGGAUCAACAAUGUGAUGACCUCUUAUUAAAGAGUGAAAAGUGUGGUUACCUCAAAAUCAUCAUAAUCAACAACAACAACAAAAUAAAUGUGGAAUCAAUAAACUAAUUUAUUCAGCAACUAUUGUCUGCUCUUGGCCUAAAUGAAUAAAAAAAUAAA